ACCAGCAGCAGCAGCAGCAGCAGCCAGACAGUGUGUGUCAGCAGAGUGUCGGCCACAUGGCUUUAGCCCAGUGUGUGUUAUGACAGCCAGAGACAGUGUGUGUGUGCGUAUGUGUGUGUAUGUGUGUGUGCAUCGAGGAGAGACAGUGAGUGAGAGACCCUGACGAAAGCAGAGGAGAGAGAGAGAAAGAGAACAGAGAGAGAAGCUUCCUCUUUGGAUCCCAGUCAGUUUGCUGUCCUUCUUUGUGUUUUCUGAUUUUUGUGACACCAGCAGCAGUACCAUCCUGCCUUUAUGAGCAGCAGCAGCAGCAGCAGCAGCAGCAGCAGCAGCAGCGGUGCGUUUGUUCAGUCCUGAGGUUUUACUGGACGCCCCGCUGCACACACACCCCACCCACACCUCCAUCAGGACCUUCAUGUGUCGCAGGGAGCCGUGGACAGCUCAGUGGACAUGGACCGCCUGAACAGGAACAUGCCUGAGGUUGGACGGCAAACUCACCAGGUGUUACAGAGCACCCCACUGGACCUGAUCGAGACUGGAAAGGGGCUGAAGUUCCAAGCAGAGCGCCCCCACCUGGUGAGCCUGGGCAGCGGGCGGCUGAGCACCGCCAUCACCCUGCUGCCGCUGCCUGAGGGCCGCACCACUCUGGGUCAUGGUCCCAUGGACAUCAGCAUCCAGGGCCCCGGGGUGGCCGCCCAGCACUGCUACAUAGAGAACAGGUCAGGGGCCAUCACGCUGCACCCCUGUGGGAACCUCUGUGCUGUCGACGGGCUCCAGGUCAAACAACCCACCCGCCUGUCACAAGGCUGUAUGCUGUGUUUUGGCCAAUCAGCCUUCUUUCGCUUCAACCACCCUGAGGAAGCCUUCAGGAUGAAGAGCAUGAUGCCCCAGGGAGGAGGUGUCUCCAGCGGGGACUACAGACUGUGCACAGACACGGAGAGUUUGGUCAAUGGGAAUCACCAGGCCAGUCCAGCCCAGUCUCCCCCAGCUCCUGGAGAGAGAGUCCAGUCUGAGCACAGUGCCAUCGUCAGCUCCAUUGAGAAGGACCUUCAGGAGAUCAUGGACUCCCUAGUCAUGGAUGACCCACAGCCUUCUUCUUCAGAGGCAAAAAAGCCUCCCGGAGGCCAAUCCAUCACCCACUCUCCACUGUCACCCAUGGUCAAUGGAGGGGGCCGGUAUCUGCUGUCCCCUCCUACCAGCCCAGGGGCCAUGUCUGUGGGGUCCAGCUAUGAGAACACAUCCCCUCCUUUCUCCCCACUCUCCUCCCCCUCCGCGGCGAGCAGUGGGAGCUUUACCAGCCCGUCUCCAAGUGGAGGACCCCAGGACCAGAGUUCUUCUCUGCCACCAGUGCCUGUACGCUCCUCUAGCUACAACUUCACCACCCAGCCUCCACCUGUACCCCAGCCACGGACCAUACUGCCUAACUUCAGCAGCAGUGGGGUGGGCCAGAAGGUUCAGGAAAGCCCCAGGCUGCAGAGGAAGGUCUUAACAGACACUCCUCCAAGUCCCAAGCCAAGCCGCAGAGGACUAGGCCACGAUGGGUCUGAGAGCCCUCGACAGACCCCCCUUCUGUCCUCCACUGAGUCUCUCAGUAGUAGAAACAUUGUGCCAAGUAGCCCCAGACUCACUCCCAAAUUCCCUACCUGUCCAUCGCCUUCGCCCUCCAGUCCCAGGACCAAGACCACCACGGUGCUCCAGGAAAGGCCUGCCAGCCCCUUUAGAGAGCAGACCAGUGUAGCUGAUCGCUCUCUUACCUCCAGCCCAUCUCGGCAGCUUUCCCAACCCACCAGAGCCUUCCAGCCUCCAUUGGACCCCAUUGUCCACAUCAUCCAAGGAUCGCCUCUCCAGCAGCAUCCACGUUCCCUGCAGCCCCCUGAAAGCCCUCGCAUGGCUAGGAGGAACAUGGAGCUGAACGGGGGCAGUGGAGGUUGCAGUAGUAUGCGAGAGCUGCCUCCUCUAAGUCCCUCCAUGGCAAGGAGAGGAGUCCCGGUUCUUCCAGGGGCGCUACCAGGGACAAUCCCCACACUGAGGACUCCGGAUAGCCCCUCUAGUCUGGGCAAGCUUGUCCCAGAGAGUCCCAGGCUUCGUCGCAAAUCUGGAUCCACAUCAGAGGAGCCGAUGUGCAGCAGAGGAAUCCGAGCCCGCAGUCCAUCACCUACCUCUAUGAUGAUGGAGGGCAGUGGUGGGGCUGCUGGGGUACGGAAGGCCAGCUUUGGGAAUUCCUUAUCGCCUGCUUACAGUCUGGGCUCCUUGCCUGGCUCAUCCCCUGUAGCCAGCCCCAGGAGCCACAGGAAGAUGUCCUCAGGGAGACCCCACCCUGGAAUGAGGGAGAGGAAGAACAGCAUCACGGAGAUCAGCGACAACGAGGACGAGCUGCUCGAGUACCACCGACGACAGAGAGAGGAGAGGCUUCGAGAGCAGGAGAUGGAGAGACUGGAAAGACAGCGACUAGAGACCAUCCUAAACCUCUGUGCUGAAUAUAACAAAGGAGACAGCCCUGGCCUGGACCCCCUGGGUUCAGGAAGGACGGGUUUUCUGGGUCUGUCCGAUGGCUCUGUGCGGAGACCGUCUAUGGAGAAUGUCUUGGGAGGGAUGCCGACCUCAGCCUCGCUCCGCCUGGCGCAGAGGCAGAGGGAGAGUGAUGAGGAGAACCUGAAGGAGGAGUGUAGUAGUACAGAGAGCACUCAUCAGGAGGUGAGGGCAUCUCCUGCUCCCAGCACAGCAUCAGCACUGCACAAUGGAGACCGACAGCAUGAGGAUUCCUCCAGUUCAGGCAGCGCAGGCCGUUUGGAGCUGGGUUACCUGGAGGACGAGCGGGUUCGUGUUCUGGCUCGGAUUGAUGAGCUCAAAACCCGACUGACAGAACUGGAGCAACAACUUCAAGAGUCCAAACAAGAGGCAGAGAUGGAGCGUGCCUUGCUGCAGGGCGAGAGGCAGGCAGAGCUGGACCAGAUAGAGGCAGAAACAGACAUCAUCACUCAGCUGCAACACAAGCUGGACGAGCUGGAGAGCGCCAUCCAAAGGGAGAAAGACAAGGAGAGGGCUAAUGUUGAGGCCGAGCGCCGGGCCCUGCAGAGCCUCCAGGAGGGCUACGCUGAGCUCAAGAACCAGCUGCAUAACUGUCCCGAGUCCCUUCGCGAACACUUGCAGGAACAGCUCAAAAGGGAUGGAGAAGCGCUGGAAGCAGGAACUAAAAAGUUUGAGGACCUGGAGUUUCAGCAGCUGGAGAGAGAAAGCAGCCUGGAGGAGGAAAGAGAAACCAUCAGCCAGCAGCUGCUCCAGGAGCGAGCGGAGUACCACAGCAGCGUGGCCAAGAGGAAGGAGAAGGUGUCUGCUCUGGAGAACCAGGCCAGUCAGCUCGGCCUGCAGGCGUCUCAGGAGUGUGAGCGGCUGGCCAAAGACAGAACACUCACGCUGCAAAUGCUCCAAAAGGAGAAGGAGAGGCUGUCGGCCCUGGAGAAGAGGUACCACAGCCUGACUGGAGGAAAGAGCUUCCCCAAGUCUUCCACUGCAAUGAGGGAGGAAUCGCUCCGUAUCAGCGAGGCUGACCUGUUGUUGGAGGAUGUCCACUCCUCCCAGCUCUCCCUCUGUCGAGCCUCUCCUUCCUACUUACAGCCCCCCCCUCCCUGUCAGUUGUACCCCAGCAGCCCUACAGAGGAGUAUGUGACAGUGGGCCAGUUAAAUCAGAUGUAUGGGAUGCCAAAGGUGGAGUCGUCCCCUACCUCCCCGCUUCGCCAGCACCUGCAGCCUGGAGCGGUAGACCCCGCCUUCUCCUGCCUCCCCUCUCCUCAUGGCUCCUCCCUCUCUCUCUCUGUGGAGUCUGAGGGCAGCAGGCCUCUCCUGCCCAAGCUAGAUUUAGAGCAGUGGUACCAGGAGCUGAUGGCUGGCUCCAGCCACCUCUGCUGCCCUCCCGCUCUGCCGGCCAAGUCGCUGUCAGGCCGCAGACCUGUGCUGCAGGUGUUCCGCUCUAAGCUGGACAGUGAUCCAGGUGUGUCUCUCUAUCAGCCUAAAUCAGGCUCUGCGUCCCCUCUUCAGCACGGAACAGCGACUCUGGGACGCAACACGAGCUCCAAGAGCCCCCUGCUGGCAGUUGGCAGCACUGGAAGUCUGCCCAGGAACCUGGCUGCAACCCUGCAGGACAUCGAGACCAAGAGGCAGAUUGCUCUGCAGCAGAAAGGUCACCAGGUGAUCGAAGAGCAGCGCCGGCGUCUGGCCGAGCUCAAACAGAGAGCAGCGGCUGAGGCUCAGUGCCAGUGGGAGGCUCUCCACGGCUCUCAGCCCCACCUCAUGUCUUCAUCCUCCUCAUCGCCCUCCUACUCCCCCGUCAUGGCCUACAGCCCCGCGCUGAGCCACAGCUCUGUCGGCCCUCCUCCUCUGGUCCACCACUCCAUCCUGCACCACCAGCCACCGUCAGCCGGAGAGCAGCCCUACGACACGCUGAGCCUGGAGAGCUCAGACAGCAUGGACACCAGCGUGUCCACGGGGAAUAACUCGGCCUGCUCGCCUGAUAACAUGUCCAGCGUUGGAGGAGUGGACGCUCUGAAGAUUGAGGAGAUGGAGAAAAUGCUGAAGGAGGCGCAGCUGGAGAAAGCCAGACUUAUUGAAUCGCGGGAACGAGAGAGCCUGGCUCGCCGUCAGAUGCUGGAGGAGGAGAGGAGGAGGAGGGAGGAGGCAGAGAAAAGACUGCAGGAUGAAACUUUCCACCGGCAGCAGCUAGUGGAGAAGGAGGUCAAAAUGAGGGCCAAGAACUUCUCUCAGGCCCGUCCUAUGACUCGCUACCUGCCCAUCAGGAAGGAGGAGUUUGACCUGCGCACACAUGUGGAGUCAUCAGGCCACAGCGUGGAGACGUGCUACCACGUCAUCCUCACCGAGAAGAUGUGCAAGGGCUACCUGGUGAAGAUGGGAGGCAAGAUCAAGUCCUGGAAGAAGCGCUGGUUCGUCUUCGACCGCCUCAAAAGGACCUUCUCCUACUAUGUUGACAAACAUGAGACCAAGCUGAAGGGUGUGAUCUACUUCCAGGCUAUAGAGGAGGUCUAUUACGAUCACCUGCGCAGUGCCACAAAGAAGGGAUUUUUCAACUUGAAUAUGACCAGUAGCCCCAACCCCUCCCUGACCUUCUGUGUGAAGACCCACGACCGGCUCUACUACAUGGUGGCGCCCUCAGCGGAGGCCAUGAGGAUCUGGAUGGAUGUGAUCGUCACAGGAGCAGAGGGAUACACACAGUUCAUGAACUAAGAGACGCCUUAGAGUGCAGGUGAUGAGCAGGUAGCUUCGGCAGGGACUCUCCCAUCACAGACUCCACAGGUCCUUCCUGUUUCCAGUCCUCCACGGACACCACGCCUUCUUUGUUACUUUUCAUUUUUAAUCACACUUUGAUUUACCGUGCAGAUGUUUCCACCUCCACGUUUUUUAUGUGAUGCUGUUUGGAUUGAAAAAGGGAGCCCCUUGGCGGACACACAACACACACACUUCUGUACAUAAACCAAAAUAUAUACCUGUCAAAGACUUUACAAAGCCUUUCUAUAUUGCCAAAUGGAGAUCUUGUAGUUACUGUUGGUUGAAUCUUUUGUAUUAUUUGUUUCCUUUAUUUCUUUUUUUACUUCUAGAGAAAAUUGCCAAAUGACAUAAUGCCAAUGUUUUUGUUGAGUGUUUCAUCAGGACUUUGCUAAGUUUAAACAGAAAUUGCUUAAAAGAAUCUUCAAUCAAAGGCUGUAAUCAUUUUAGAGAUAUAUUUGGAGAAAGUGCAAGUUUAUCCAAAAUGUGUAAAUCUAUGAGAGACAACAGAAAUGAGUCACUGAGCAGGGGCUGGAGAGGAUCUGAUGGUGCAGAACUUUAGUUUCUGGCAGUGGCACACGACUGCAUCCUCCAGUCACUUCACCUCACUGCUGCUCACAGACUAAACCUAGCAGGAUCUGCAGCACAUGGGGACAUUCAGAGCACAUCCUGGUCACAUCUCUUCAUGCAGGCUUACCAAAGUAACUGGAGGUAUUUUGUUAGACUUUAUCCCACAACGCUCAGGAGUUCACUUUGCAGUUCUCACAGUAGUUUCACCAGUAUAUGGUUUGGAAAGUAAGUACCAGUACUGGUACUGAAGCUGCUCAUUAUUGUGCAGUAUUUGGUAUAUUUGAUUUUAAAUCAAUGCUCCAUUUAACCCAUAGCAUUCAGAUACUUCAGAAAUGUGCUUGUAUACAUCCAGCUUCACAGCCGUCUACAGUCAAGAGCUGAUGAGAGUGAAACCACUCGCACACAUGAAGCUGUUAGCUUAGCAUAAGACUGCAAGCAGUGGUAGAAUGUCUAGCAUGGCUCUGUUUGUAAAAACAGCAAGUUGUUUAGUAGUUUAACAAACCGUUCUGUGCUUUAGCUACAGCUCCUGUUCAUUCUAAGAACUAGAAGGUAACUUCUUUUUGGUUUCUUCUUCAGUUCUGACAGACAGAAUGGGAGGAUUAAUCCUCUCUCCCAGCUCACAUGACUAAAGACCCAUGAACAACCUAAAACUCACAAGCGUCAAGCUGUGAUUGGUUGUGAAACAUCCUGGUGAGGGAUCUCAUGACUGCAUUCUACAUGCCUGAUAAAUGGUGUGGUCGAUCCUCUCUUCUGUUUAGAGGUAGCUGUUCUAGUUUAAUGCAGAUAGCUUCUUUAACUCAAACCAUCUGUUGUAGAAUGUGGACAUGACUGUCUUCAAAGAGCAUCCCUUACCUUUGGACAGGUGGGCUGCUGAGGUUUGCCCUGUUUUUUCAUGUAGUUUGGACUGUAUACAAAACACUGCUCAACGUGUCUGCAGAAAAUAUUUCCAGGUUUCUCAGACACACCACCCAGAUAGCAAACUAUGGGUGAAUCAAUGUUGCAUCUAUGUUGAGACCUAAUGUACAAAUUAUACAGAAAGCGCAAGGUUGAUAAAAUGUUGAGUCAACGUUUGCUUUUCAACCAUAAAUCACACUUUUCCCAGAUAGCAAAAGAUGUUAAAUCAAUGUUGAAUUAGGGUUAAGAAGGUUGAAUUGUGGUUACGGUUGAAGACUGAUGGUUGGAUCAACGUUGAUUCAACAACAUUUUGUCAACAUUGAAGUUUGUGUUUAAAAGAUGCCAUUGAAUCUACAUUGUAUUUUGGUUUAAUUAAAAUGUUUGACAGGUCAAUGUUUAAUUAAUGUUGAAUCUAUGUUUGCAAACAUGUAAUCUAUGUAAGCAAACGUUGACUCAACAUUUUAUCAACCUUGCGCUUUCUGUAUAAUUUCUACGUUAGGUCUCAACAUAGAUUCAACAUUGAUUCACCCAUAGUUUGCUAUCUGGGCAGCUACGUACAGGAUGUUUUGGGGGUGAGAAUAAAUCCCUGGAACUGAGGAAACAUUCGCAAACCAAAAAGAAGCCCAGUUAUCUUCUUUAAGGCACUUAGGAUUGCCAUGACCUGGAUUACUGAGAAGCUACAGUCCAGUCAGUGACCUUCAACACUACUUCCAGAUUUUAUGCUAAGCUACUGUUCUCUGGGCUCUCGGUUAGUUUUUAGGUUCUAGCUGGUUGGUACAAAGCUAAAACUGGUUAGCUUAGUUUAUCCAUCGGCAAAUUGAAACCAGGAUCAACAUGCUUUUCCAUCAUCUCCACAUCUGAACAGUUUACUAUGGGAUUAAAUCUGUGGUCAACCACAUCAGUUGAAGGACACUCAGCGUUCAGAGGUGACCGCCAAAAGACUGUUGGUCUCACCAAAGCUGCCACAUUCUCAGUGUACUUGUGAACACGUUGAACAGGAACAUGUCGCUGUGUCCGUACGAAGCCGUCAUGUUGCCAACUCAAGGUGCAGACUGCAUAUCUGUGUGUGCACACCGACAGGUGAAGCUCAUCUAUUUGCCAAGUAGCCUGUAGCUAACUUGAUGAUGUGACUACACACCACUGCCAGCCUACAGCAACAACCACCGGAGGGCGCUACAGUGACCACACCAAUGCAGGACCCCACAGGAUCAACACUAUGGACUAAUGCAAUUCAGAACUGUGCCUUGACUGUGUGCUGUUGAUGCCGCGUGCUCAGCCUUGCUGGGAGGCUGCCAUCGUAUGAAUGAGUUUCAAUCCGUUUCUGAGCUGUAUUGCUGUAUGUGGACAGGUUUGCAUGAGGUUUUCUACUUCACCAUGGGGACGUCUGCCUGCAGCUACAUUACAGGCAGAGCUACCACCGGCCCUGAGCACAGUGGGGAUCAGAGAGAUCACUGUCAGUAUUUCUACAGACCAGAUAUUCAGGCACUUCCUGUCAUUAAUGGUACUAAAGGGGAGGUUCACCAAGUUUCAUGUCGCUUUGCUUGUAAUGAGGUGUAUUAGUUUGUAAAAACAGACAAGUCUAAGAAGAUGCCCCCAGUGAUGUCAUCAGGGUUAUCGUGGCUCCAUCUUUGACAGGAAAAUGGGGGCUAAUGGGGCAGUUAUAAAAUGUGGGUACACUGUUGAUUUGAAUUAUGGGGAAGGCAAUAUUGAGUGCCCUGACCCAUAGAAAGGACUGUAAGUCAGAAAGUGUGCUUGUGUUUGACCAUUUAAAAAUAAAUCAAUUAUCAACUAGUCAUUUAGAACGAUAUAAGUUCAACAUUAGGAGCUGUCCCUCCCUGACUUGUGGAUUCAGUAUUAAAGCUGGUGUAGGCAGGAAUUUGGCAAAGGAGAAAUUAUAAUCCAUAUAUACUGCGAUUCUCUUGCUGCUCUUCCCUCUCCAGAUGUGCACACUUUAAAUACACAAAGAGAGCCAACAUUCAGCUGUAGCAUCCCUGUUCUCCUGAGUGUUAAUGUUUUCACUAAGUGUUGAGAUGAAGCAUUUCUCCACCACAUCCUGUGUAAGAAGUGGACUGCUGGUGCUGUCUGAGCUGGUCAGUGAAAAGCCUUGUGCUUGGUUUAAAUCUCCUUUGCUUAAAGGUCAGUGUGGAAUCUUUGCACAAUGACGCCCAGCAAAGCCCAGCUUUAAUUCACAUGGUUAUAUUAGUCAAAUAAUGUGGGCGCGUUUUUAGGUCAAAUAGUUCUUUGCAUUUCUUUAUUUCAACAAAUCGUUAAAUCAACCUUUUCUCUGCAGUCUUAUCAGUGAUCGGCUGCUGUGUAUCCCCACUGUGACCCAGAGCCUGCAUGCAUGAGGACGAUUCAAAAAAACUUCAGCUUUAACAGACCGUCUUUGUCGUAAAGUGUUGGUCAUCACAUCGUGAAUCCAUUGAUCGGCCGUGAACAGUUUGUAGUCAGCGGAUCCCAGACACUAUCCCCCCCACCCCGUCUUUUUACAUUUUUGAAUUUUUUUGGCAGGAGUAGACGACAAACUACGCUGCGAUUUCUGAAUCAUGUGGAACUGCUGCUUAGUUUCAUGUGUCGGUACAGUGAUGAUCAUUUAUGGUUGUGGUGCCUGAGAUAGUGACAUGUUUACUUCUAAAAGAAAAAAAAGCAAAGUAGAAGACUAGUGAAAUGACCUUAAUAUAUUCUGUCCCCCUUGCCUUUACUUUCCCUGCACAGCUGUGCAAACCAAACUAUUCAACACUGGCAAGGCUGUUAAACGAUGUGUGUUGAUAGUCGGUGGUAUAUACAUUAUCUGUGUCGAAAAGAAAGAAAACAUAAUAUACUGUAAAGAGGAUGCCUGAAUGAAAAAAUGACCUUACUAUUGAAAUGAAACGAGACAGUAUUGUAUGAACAGAAGUACAAUUUUUACUUAUUUUGUCAUUUUAGAGAUUUUAUUGUCAGUCAGUUACAUUUCAAAUUGUAUGGUAGUGAUGUAUCAAUCUACCUUGGUUUUGUUUUGUUUUUUACUGGUACAGCAGAACACACACACACACACACACACAAACACGCCAAGAAUGAGUCACCUGGCACUCAUAAGACUGUACUUUUGUUUUUCUAGAGCAUAGAUCCUGUGACACACACACACACACACACACACAGUACUCGGACCAUACUGUUAUUGGUACCCUGUAUGUCUCAUGCAUCACUUUCAUGUAUGAAUAAUAUGGAUUUUGUCAAAUCUAUUAAAAACAUCUAUCACAGA